GCUUGUUGCAGAGGAGGAGCAGGCGCCAUGGCGGUUCUGCUGGAGACCACUUUGGGCGACGUCGUCAUCGACUUGUACACGGAGGAGCGGCCGCGCGGUGAGGCCCGAGCCCAGCUCACCUCUUGCUGGGCAUCGGUCUCCUUUCCCCACUUUGCGUUUUCUGCCUAGUCUCCGGUUUAGACUGGUUCCAGCUUCUGGGCUGCUGGUGCCCUCGACCGGGCUGUUUCAUUAGAGGGUCUUGGUUAGAAAAGUUUUUUUUUUUUUUCGAGGAGCAGCCCUUCUCCCGCAUCCGGUGAUGGCCAGUCGAGUGGCGGGUACUUGUGGUUAUUAAAUACCUCUGUGUAUGUGUGUGAUACAGGCUGCGUAUACAAUGCCCAUAGCUCCCGUGGCUUUACUGCGUUUUACUAGCCAGAGGAACACAACUCAUAUUUCUUCGUGUGUAAUCAGUAAGUCUUUACGAAAGCAGGGAAAUUGGGCUUGGAGCAGUGAGUAUGGACAUCCCUCCUGGAUGGAGAAAGGGCUGUCCGGAGGUGUGCACCCAACCUUAACAAACACUCCUUGACCGUCCACUGUGCGAGACUUCUUGCCAAGCCCAGGGAUGGGCGUCUUGCCCUUCAGGGUUUUGUUUUUCCAUUGGUGGGAAGGAGGCGCGGCAGCCCAUUUAAUUUCUUAAGUGUUGUAGUGGAAGAACGUUGCCAUGGAAACCAGAGAACUGGAGUAAUUCUUCCUGGUUGUGGGCGGGGGAAGCGAAGCUAGCAAAGAAUACAGAACACUUGAACUUGUUCUUUCAAAGGUGAGUGGGAACGAGGGUUUUCUUAACAGUUUGCUUGGAAUUUUAUGGAAAUAGCAAGUAGGCUGGCGUGGCUUGACGGUGGAAUGGCAGACUGCGCGUCUGCUCGUAUACGUUUUUAGGUUAGGUCAGGUCGUGAAUAGCCUUGUGUGCCCUACUGAUGUCCAGAGUCUUUGAAAGGUUUAAAAAGCAGGGAGGUAGCAAACUUCUUGUUUUGGGAAGAUAAUAGGCAACAGUGUGGAGAAUGUAUCAGAGUGGGGAGAAACUGGAGCCCAGAAGAAAUUAGUUACUAUCGGAGUCCUGCCACCCGGAAUGCGGAUUAUCAAAGAGGAUGAAACAAGCUACAAUACACUUGUUUGAAUUUCCUGAAGUUGUGUAAAAUAAAAUAUUACAAUUAUUGCCUUAUUCACAAUGUACAGAGGGAUUUUAUCAUACAGACUGGUGAUCCAACAGGGACUGGCCGUGGAGGAGAAUCUGUUUUUGGUCAACUGUAUGGCGAUCAAGCAAGCUUUUUUGAGGCUGAAAAAGUGCCAAGAAUUAAGCACAAGAAGAAAGGCACUGUGUCCAUGGUGAACAAUGGCAGCGAUCAGCAUGGAUCUCAGUUUCUUAUUACUACGGGAGAUAAUCUAGAUUACCUUGAUGGUGUUCACACAGUGUUUGGUGAGGUGACAGAAGGCAUGGACAUAAUUAAGAAAAUUAACGAGACCUUUGUUGAUAAGGACUUUGUACCAUAUCAAGAUAUCAGGAUAAAUCAUACAGUGAUUUUAGAUGAUCCAUUUGAUGACCCUCCUGAUUUAUUAAUUCCUGAUCGAUCACCAGAACCCACAAGGGAGCAACUAGAUAGUGGUCGAAUAGGAGCAGAUGAAGAAAUAGAUGAUUUCAAAGGAAGAUCAGCUGAAGAAGUAGAAGAAAUAAAGGCAGAAAAAGAAGCCAAAACUCAGGCUAUUCUGUUAGAAAUGGUGGGAGACCUACCUGAUGCAGAUAUUAAACCUCCAGAAAAUGUGCUGUUUGUAUGUAAAUUGAAUCCAGUAACCACAGAUGAAGAUCUGGAGAUAAUAUUCUCAAGAUUUGGGCCAAUAAGAAGUUGUGAAGUUAUCCGGGAUUGGAAGACUGGAGAAUCCCUCUGUUAUGCUUUUAUUGAAUUUGAAAAAGAAGAAGAUUGUGAGAAAGCGUUCUUCAAAAUGGAUAAUGUACUUAUAGAUGACAGAAGAAUACAUGUGGACUUUAGCCAGUCUGUUGCAAAGGUUAAAUGGAAAGGAAAAGGCGGGAAAUACACCAAGAGUGACUUCAAGGAGUAUGAAAAGGAACAGGAUAAACCAUCUAAUUUGGUUCUGAAAGAUAAAGUAAAGCCCAAACAGGAUGCAAAAUAUGAUCUUGUACUAGAGGACCAGGCAGAAGACUCAAAAUCAAGUCACUCACACACAAGUAAAAAACACAAGAAGAAAACCCAUCACUGCUCUGAAGAAAAAGAAGAUGAGGACUACAUGCCAAUCAAAAAUACUAAUCAGGAUAUCUACAGGGAAAUGGGCUUUGGUCACUAUGAAGAAGAAGAAAGUUGUUGGGAGAAACAAAAGAGUGAAAAGAGAGACCGACCUCAAAACCGAAGUCGGAGCCGAUCUCGAGAAAGGGAUGGCCACUAUAGUAAUAGUCACAAAUCCAAAUACCAAACAGAUCCCUAUGAACGAGAAAGGAGCAAAAAGAGAGACCGAAGCAGGAGUCCCAAAAAAUCCAAAGAUAAAGAAAAAUCUAAGUACAGAUGAAAGAGGAAUCAGACCUAAUUGGCUAACAUUUACACUUUCUCGUAUAACUUAGAGUACCAGAUGUUCAGAUUUUGUGUCAAAGCAGUUAAAGACUCUGCUUGUUAUUAUUAUUAUUUUUUCAUGGUAGGAUUAUGGCCCUUUUAGAUUAACACUGAUAGUAUAGGGCGCUGAAAGACAAAAAAGAAUUAAACAUUUUCUUUGUAUACUUUUUUACACUAAUUGUUAUACAUAAAUAGUAGUCUUCAUUUUUAUAGUCACUCAUAUUUUUCAGUCCUUUUUAAAAAAUGAUUUCAUACCUACAAAAAUACACAAACAUGUAUAUACAAGGUAUAAAGAAUAAUAAUUUGUACCCAUCAGCCAGCUUAGGAAAUGAUUAUUACUGGCACUUUAAAAGUGCCCUCGCCUCUUCAAGUAAUUAUUACUCUGAAUUUUGUGUUUGUCAUUCUCUUGUUAUUACAGUUUUACCACAUAUGUAUGUAUUCCUAAGUGGAAUGUUAAGUUUUGUAUGUUUUUGAAUAUUUUAUACAUGGUAUAACGUAUGUUUACUUCUGUGAAUUGCUUUUUUCAACCUAAUGUUUUUUGAAAGUCAUUCAUUUGUACUGCCGUAUUGUGUUACAUGAAUAGAGCGUAAUUUAUCCAUUCGUCUGUUGCUGCAUGUUUGGGGUUUGUUUUCAUUUUUGCUGUUGCAAACAAUGCUGCUAUGAACGUUCUGUAUCUAGGAGUGAUUCUCUUGGUCAUGUGAUACUGAUCUUCUUCUGUGUAAGAUAAGGCCAAAUUACAUUCUCCAGUGGCUGUCCCAGUUUAUACCCCUACAGGCACUGUAUGAAUUACCUUUGUCUUGCAUCAUUUCUAACACUUUUUAAUUUCAGACUUUUAAAUUUUGCCAGUCCAAUGGCUGUUAAGUGGUAUCUUAAUUGUCGUUUCCAGCAAGAAGACUACUAUUAUUCUUGUGUUUGUUUUGUAGGAAACUUUCUUCUUGUUCUUUUUCUCUGUUUGCUUUUAAGGUUUCUCUUGAUUGCUGCUGCCGAGUACUUUGAUCAUGGUGUGCUUAGUGUAGGGUUUCUCCUCCACCUCCCUCCAUGUUUCUUCUGCUGGGGGUGGGUUUAUAGUUUUCAUCAAAUUUGGUAUUUUAGGGCUAUUAUUUUCUUUUUUUUUUCUUUCCUUUUUUUUCUUUCCCUGUCUCUGUCCUCCUUUCACUUCUUUCCCUCUGGGACUGCAGUUGUAUGUUGGGCUACUUGAAAUUGUCUCACAGCACUCUGAUGCUCUUUUUUUUUUUUUUCUAAGUCUUUUUUUUUUUCCUUUUCCUCUAUGUUUCAGGUUGUAUAGUGUCCAUUGCUAUGUCAAGUUCCUUAAGUAUUUACUCUCUUGUUAAUCCCACCCAGUGUAUUUUUCACCUCAUAAAUUACAUUUUUAAACUUCAGAAGUUCCAUUUGGGUUUUUUUUUUUUUUUGUAUCUUCCAUUGUCUCUCUGUCACAGGCUUAUGCUUUCCUCUUUUUUUUCUUUUUUUUUGAAUUUCUGAAGUAUAUUUAUAAUUGCUGUUUUAAUGUACUUGACCAUUCUGUAUCUGUGUCAUUUCUUGUCAGUUUAUAUUGAUUGAUUUUUCCCUCAUUAUUGGGUUGUAAUUUCCUUCUUUGCCUGCCUGGUAAAUUUUGGAUUUUUUCAUUGUUAGGUGCUGGGGUUUUUUGUAUUCCUUUAAAUAUGUUGAGCUUUGUUCUGGGGCAUGAUUAAGUUAUUUAGAAACAGUUUGAUCCCUCCGUGGUUUGCUUUUAAGUUUAAUGGGAUAGGACCAGAACAGCUUUAAAUCUAGUGCUACUUUGGCCCACUACUGAGAUAAUACCCUUCUGAAUAAUCUUCCCUGUGCCUGGUUUAUUAUGAGAUUUCUCCACUCUGGCUUUAGGAACAAGAGCUAUUCUGAGCCCUGUAUGAACUUGAAUUGUACCACCUAUUCUUUUCUGGUGGUUCUUUCCCACCUUUGGGUGGUUUUCUCAAGUGCAUACACUGAUUAGUCAAAGACUCAGGGGAACCCUCUGUAGAUCUGGAACUUUCCCUCUGUAGUUCCCUCCUGUCUCCAAUACUCUGCCCUACAGACUGUACCUUGGCCCCCCUGAAUUCUCUGCCAGGAAACUCCCCAGCUCUCCCUGCAGUAAGCCCAGGCAGUUGUCAGACUUCCCUGCUUUGUUCUCUCAAGAGUCACUGUCCCUUCACAGUUGUCCAAUAUCUGAAAAACUUUGUUGUAUAUAUUUUGUACAGGUGUUUAGUUGUUUAAUAUGAGGAAGAUAAAUCCUGCUGGAAUGGAAGUCUCAUUGUUUGAAUUUGUGUUUCAUAAAUGCUAACAAGGUUGAGCUGUUUUUCAUAUAUAUUCAUUCCUGAUUGCUCUGUGAAAAGCUUAUUCCAUGUCUUUUGCCCAUUUGAUAUUAUGUUGUUUUUUUCUUAUAGAUGUCUUUAAGGAGUGUUUUUUUAAAAAUGGAUUGUGGAUACUAGUCCAUUUUUACUAUUAGAUGUUGCAAACAUCUCUCAGUUUAUGGUUUCUUUUUUUUACCUAUUGAUGCCCUUGAAAGAGCACAAGUUUUAAAUUCUCCUCCAGCUUUUUAAUAUGAAAAAUUCAUGCAUAUAUAGAAACACGCAAAACAAUGAACUUCCAUAUACGUUCCAACCAGAUUUAACAGUUAAUAACAUUUGGUCAUUGAGCAAAUUGAAAAUAAAUUGAAAACAUCAUGAUAUUUCAUCUUUCAGCAUUUCAUCAUACAUUUUCCAAAAAGCAAGUGUCCUGUAUUACCACGAUACUAUUAUCACACUGAAAAAAAACUGAACAAUAAUCCCAUGAUAUUUAAUAUAUAUACAAAUUUCUCCCAUUGUUCCAAUGAUACCAUUUUUAGGUGUUGGCUGGUCUUUAAACCCACACUCAACCAAAGCUCAUGUUUUGCAUGUUAUUUUUGCCAUUUUACUCUCUUAAUCUAAAAGAGUUUCCUACCCAUCCACCCACCCUAACCACCCUUUUUUUUUAAUUGACUUCUUGAAGAGUUCAGGCCAAUUGUUUUGUAGAAUAAUGCACGUUCUGGAAUUAUUUGAUGGUAUCUUCAUCGUGUCCUCUAUCCUAUUUCCUAUAAACUGUAAGUUAAGUCUAUAGAUGUUUGAUUAAAGUUAGCUUAUGCAUUUUAGGUAGAAAUUUUUAAGUUAAAUGUCAAAUUUAUUAGCCUUUUCCUGUGUGUUUUGUGCUUUUUGUAUUUUGUUUAAGAAAUCCUUAAUAAAGGUAUUCGCCUAUAUUCUAAAAGUUAAAAA